UGGCUGGGGGGGUUUCCCCCCCCCCCCCCUCUCCCCCCCUUAUCCGGGCCUUCGCCUGGCACCCCCACACCAGCAAAUUUGCCGUGGCUCUUCUGGAUGAUUCCAUUCGGGUCUACAACUCCAACAGUGCCACCAUCCCCUCGCUGAAGCACCGCCUGCAGAGGAACGUGGCCGCCAUGGCCUGGAAGGCGCUCUGUGCCUCCAUCCUCGGUUCCUGCGUCUUGGUGUGGCACCUGGAUCCCACCUCCCUCUCCACAAGACCAUCGUCCGGCUGCGCUCAGGUGCUGUCCUACCCAGGGCACAGCCCCGUCACCAGCCUGGCGUGGGCUCCCAGCGGGGAGCUGCUGCUUUCGGCGUCGCCGGUUGACACGGCCAUGCUGGUAUGGGAUGUGUCCACCGAAAACUGCGUCCAGCUGCAGUGGUUUGGAGGCGGGGGUGUCACUUACUUGGCUUGGUCACCCGAUGGCAGCAAGGUCCUGGCAGCCACUCCCUCCGCAGUGUUCAGGUGAGCUCCCUGCCUGCGAGAUCCCGGGGAGCGGGCGUUAACGUGGCUCUGUGUCCUGCAGACGGGGUGCUGGAGCCCUGACGGCAGCCGACUGCUCUUCACGGUACUGGGCGAGUCCGUCAUCUACUCCUUGUCCUUCUCGGAGUACCGGGGGGAGAUGCAAGGGCAAGUGGGCGGCUCGAAAACAGCUUCUAUCGUGGCAGAUCUGUCUGAGACCACCUUCGAGACGCUCUACGGGGAGGAGAGGAUCGGAGGAGAAGUCCACUCCAUGGUGUGGGACCCCACCGGCGAGAGACUCGCAGUGAUCAUCAGAGGGCAUCCUGACGCUCCUGGGAGCCAGACGAUCAUUGCUGUGUUUCGCACCCGCAACAGCCCCGUGUUUGAGCUUCUGCCCUGCGGCUUCCUGCGAGGCGAGUGCGGCGCGCAGCCCCAGCUCAUCGCCUUCCACCCCUGCUUUAAGAAAGGGGCCCUCCUGACCGUGUGCUGGUCCACGGGGAAGAUCAGCCACAUCCCCUUCUUCUUCGUCAGCGCCCACGUCCCCUUCCCCAGUCCCAGCCGCAGCCCCGUCGUGGCCAGCGCCAGC